AUGUCGCUCUCCAAUUUACCUACCGAAAUCUUCAAUAAAAUCGUAUCGCUUGUAUUGCCAGAAGGAUUUGAGAGUCUGGCUUUGACCUGCCAAGAAACUCACGCAUUAUGCACACCUUUCCUCAAAUGUCACAAUCAGCUUCGGUCACAAUAUCAUAGACUAGCAUUAGGACCAUCAUCAAUCAAGACAUUGCUGGAUCUCAUCCUACGGAUCGAUAGCGAGCCUAUAAUUGCCCGUUAUAUUAUACACGCAGACUUUGGCCUUGACAGAUAUCAUUCUUACGUUCAGGAUUUUUACCGUAGACAUCAUGGGCCUCUGAAAAAGCUUCUCGCUGAUUCUCCCUAUUUGAAGAAAGCAGGGUUGGACUGGAAGAAAUAUCAUGAUUCAAUUAAAGCGGAUCUGAGACGGAAUCGGUUCUCUAAGAACUAUUCACAACAUGUCUCUGCUUUUGUCUUGACACUGUUACCCAACGUCAAGACUCUCGUGCUAUCUCCUUGGCAGCCGCUCGAGGCCCCCAAAAAGCUGCUUGAGGCUAUCGUUGCCGAAAGCAAGCUGUCGACGUUCCUAUGUGAAGAUGCUAGUCUCGCUCAACUUACUAAGAUCAAGAUAUCAACUUACACCAGACUCAGAUAUGACUGGUGGAAAGACUUUCCGUUGUUAGCAUUACCAAAUUUGCGGUCAUACCGGGGCCCCAACUUCGUAGCAAGAGGCGACUUAUCCAUUGCACGCCCUUCAAAAUCAAUAUCGGAUUUUCGUUGUGGUCAGAAACUGGAAACAAUCUAUCUCAAAAACUGCUGUAUCAAUGACGUAGCUAUUGCCAAUCUCCUCAAACAUGCCCCACAUCUUAGGAGUUUUAAAUAUACACAUUCGCCUGAGAAGGAAGGCGACGGUGAGGUCUGGAAUAUUUUUAAAUUCAUCGCAGCAAUCGAGGGCGAGACAGGAAGUUAUCUUGAAGAACUUUCUAUCAAAAUUGGCGCCUCAACGUCCACUGAGGACACCUCACUCAAAGACAGACCAAUGAUUUCAGCCGCCCCGAGCGAGAUGUUCAUGCGUGGCUUUAAGUGUCUCCGAAAGCUUGAAUUGCCUUUGGAAAUUGCGAUCUGUGAUCAUGCUACAAAGUCAGCGCGCAUUUCAGCGAAGCAAGGACCCAAAAACUUUGAGAUAUUCAUCAAUGAACUUUUACCUGCUUCUGUUUCCCAUCUAUCGCUAUCAUCAUGUGGAAUAGACGUAGAUGCAAGAGGUGAUAUCUUGAAGGCCAUUGGAAAUCAUUUUAUUACAGAGCAAUCUCGGCUCCCUUCUACCAAAGAAAUUCAACUUUUAUUGCCAGGGGAUAAUAGUGCAAUCCACUUGUACAAAGAAAAUCACUCAGAGGCUCCUGGAGAGGUCGAGAAGGUAGACGUCAUUUCGAAGCCCACAUCAUGUGGUUUCUCUCUCGUCUAUUUCCUGUGGUGGGCGUCGUAA